GUUGCUACAUUUCGAAAAACACGGCAUGAAAAUUUAGUGCUUUUUAUGGGUGCCUGUAUGAAACCUCCUAAAUUAGCAAUUGUCACAAGUUUAUGUAAGGGUAUGACUCUGUAUACUCAUAUUCACCUUCGAAAAGAUAAAUUCAACUUAAAUCGAACAAUCACAAUAGCUCAACAAAUAUCUCAAGGUAUGGGUUACCUUCAUGCCAGGGACAUCAUUCAUAAAGAUCUGAAAACAAAAAAUAUUUUUUAUGAAAAUGGAAAAGUUGUUAUAACAGAUUUUGGUUUGUUUUCUGUUACCAAAUUGUGUCAUGGAAACAGAAAAGGAGAAUGGUUAACGAUACCUAAAGGAUGGUUAUGUUACUUAGCUCCUGAAAUUGUUCGUAGUUUAAGGGCUGGAAGCCAACAAGAUAGUGACAAUUUGCCUUUUUCUAGAGCCUCAGAUAUAUUUGCCUUUGGUACUGUAUGGUAUGAACUUCUUUGUGGAGAAUGGCCUUUUCAUGGUCAGCCCCCAGAAGCUAUUAUUUGGCAAGUUGGAAAAGGAAUGAAACAAACCUUAGCAAAUAUUCAAGCAUCUCGGGAUGUCAAAGAUAUUUUAAUGACAUGCUGGGCUUACAAAGAUACAGAACGUCCUGAGUUUAGCAAAGUCCUUUUGAUGCUUUCUCGCCUUCCAAUGCUUCCCAAGAAGCGUUUGGCACGGAGCCCAUCAUAUCCCAUUCACUUGUCCCGGUCCGCCGAAUCAGUUUUCUAAAUAAAAAAAAAGAAGAGAAACCUAUAUUGCUUCAAUGUAGAAAAUGUUAUUAAUUAUCGAUUCUCUGGUAUAUAAUGAUAUGCUUAGUGCAUACUGUAUAUAUUAAACUGUGAAUGAGACUUGCGUGUGCACAUUGUAUUCUUACAAUGUUAUUGUUCAUGGACAAUUGCCUCAUUUAUUAUUCAUUCUUCUGUGAAGAUAUUUCCUAUAAAUAAGAAGAUUAAGAAGAAAAAAAAAAAAAAAAUUUUUUUUGAAUGUGUACAUUCCUUCUGGAAAAUGCUCAGUAAGGUAAUUUUUAUCCUGGUUAAAUAGGUCCAGAUUUGCUCAUGCUUUCAGAAAAUGUUUGCCCUUUCUAUAUUUAUUUACACCUUAUGUAAAAAAUAAGUAAACUAUUUAUAUUACAUUUUAAUUUUAAAGAAUAUAUAUAUAUAUACAUAUUUUCUUCCUCUGCAUUUAUAUAUUUCCCAAUUGAUGCUUUAGAAAAUGUUGCCCUUUCUAUUUUUAUUUACAUUUUUUGUUGAAAAAGAUAUAUUACAUUUUAAAUUUAAAUGAAGUUACUUUUUUUCUUUUUCUUGCACUUUCAUAAUUUACCAAGUUAUGCAUUAAAAACAUUUUACCCUAUUUAUAUUUAUUUACAUUUAGGAAAAUAAACUUUAUAUUACAAUUUACUUUUAAAAAGAAAUGUAUGCCUGCAUUUUUCUCCUUUACGCUUAUACAUAAUUUACGAAAUAAUCUGAAGUAGUUACUUUUCCUUGAAAAUACCUAUUUCUUAGUGUUGUUAUUUAAAUACAAUUAGUUACAAUAUGUCAUGAUGACUUCAAUCAUUUAUUUAUUGAUUAAUUUAGUAACCUUCAAAUAUAAGAUUUAUAUCUCAUUACCAAUACUCUUAAAAAGGGAUGAACCCUUAAUGAAUUAUUUCUAUUCAUAUCGGAUAUGGUAGACUCCUGAUUAUCUGGCACUCAAAAAUGCAGGAUAUGCUUAAAAUUUGGAUAAUCACAUGACCCAGAGAAUGUAACAAGAACAUUUUUAUUAGUGAAAAACAUUAAAUGGCUUGUAAAACUGCUAGUUUAAAAUGCUACUGUCAUAGCUAAAUAGCUUUAUAAGUAAAAUGAAUAACGUAAGAAAAUCUUUUUUUAUCAAAUUCAGUAAAAGAACUGGACUAUUGCCUUCAUAUUUUAAAAAUAUAUAAGCUUACACCAUAAUGUGAAUACCUAUUUUGUAUACAAUUCUAUCAAAUAUGAUGACAUUGUGAUCAUUAUCAUUGAAGAUACUUAUUAAACUUGAUAAUUCCUUGUUAAUUAUCAUUAGUGACAAUUAAAAAAUAUAGCAAUUUUGAUCUAUAAUGACACUAUUAAAAGUGCCGAGUUUUUUUUUUUUUUUUUUUUAAAUAAAAAAUAUUUUCCAAGCAAAGUCAUGCCUUGAACUGACUGAUCUACCUAGAAAUAUUGAAUUUAGGAUAUUUUUGAAUGUACUCUCACAAUAUGUUAUGAACUACAAACAUGCUCCUACAAGCUUGACAAUAAGUAUCAAGUAUGAUAUAAUUGUUAAUAACAAUAACAUAGUAGUGAUGUUUAUCGAAAGCAAAACAACAUGAAGAUGUUUCUUAAUUAAUGUAUUGUUAUAUUUAAUUCAUUGAAGUUUUGAUUAAUAAUAACGUUUAAAUAAAUAGGUUCUUUUCCUUUUGUAUGAGCUAAACAUUGGCAAAUGUAAUGAUAAAUACAAUUUUAAAAAAUAUAAUGAAAUAUUGAUACUUUCUAGCGAUAUAUCAUAAUUUUAAUAUUAAAUAUCAUUUAAAAGUAGUUGUGAGAAACCUUCUUGGCUCUGUUUAAAUGCAAGUCAAAAAGUUGUAAGUGUCAGAUAAUCAGGAGUCUAAUGAAUUAAUGUUUUAAAUUACAUUUCUUUAAAACUGUUUAGGAAUUGUAUAAAUAUUUGUUAUUCUAUAUUAUCCAAAUAAUACAAAAAUAAAGAAUGAGUUAAUUUAUGAUUUGUUUAAAAAAUAUUGUAAGUAAAAUGAUUUAAAACAUUUGAUCAAUCAUUUUAGUCUUUGACUUUGUAAAUGUAUUGUGUGAAUACAAAAUUUCCUAGUCAUUAGCUUUGUUUGAAUUGUAUGAGGUAUGAAAUUCUAAAACCUAUAAUUAUAGGAUUUUAACAACAGCAAGACUGUAUCUUGAUUAUUUUAAGAUUUAGUGUUUGUUUUUACCAGGUCAUUUUGUUUUCUAUUUAAUUUGUAAAAUUUGUUGCUGUUAAAGUGUUUUAUCUUUUUUUAUUUGUCAGUUUUUUUAUAAAUUAAUUUCUAUGCUUGUAAUGGGAUUGACAAUAUCAUAACUUAUUGUUUACAUUUUCCCGUGACAAUUUUUAGUUUACAAAUGUUUAAAUUUUUUCCAUUUAACCUUUUUCAAAGCUUGAAUUCAAACAGUAUUCCUAAUUGUAAAGUUUCUUCUAAAAUUAAUUAUUUAACAAAACUAUUUUUUUUCUAAAUAGAUAUUACCUUCUGGUAUGCAAGUGUAUAAUGUGACUAAAUACUUUAUUGUUGUGAAAAACUUGUAAAAAAAUUAAUACAUUUUUAAAUUCUUUCAACAAAUAAUUGAAAAGUAGAAGAAAAAAAAAUGCACCCAGAAAAAGGAAAUCUAAAAACAAAUACAUUUUUAUUCUUAAUAUGCUUGUAUUCAUAUUAGAACUGUGAGAUGCUUUACUAAAAUAAAAACUUUUUCUCCCAUAAGAGGUAUUGUAUUAAAAAAAAUGUCAAUCAGUUUUGUUUCUUUUUAAAUAAACAAUUAAUAAGGUAUAUUAAAAAUACAUUCAUGUAUGUUUAGUUUUUUUCCUUACUGAUUUAAUACCUUACUUGAUUUACUGGGAGGAAAAUUCUUCACAUUAUAUAGUUUGUUUUUUUCUAUGGAUAUUAGCUUUUCUUUUAAGUGAUUCAGUUAUUUGACUGCAACAAUGGAAUUCUUUUGUUUAAAGUUCUGUGAAAAUAUUAUUUUUAGAUAAAGAAUCGAAACUCUUCAUUUACCUAUUUUUAUAUAUAAAAACUGCAGCUGAAUUUAAAGAUAAUUUUGUAAAAAGUAUUAAUAAAAAUUAUAAUGCAUCAUUAAGAAUAAGCUUAUAAAUUUUGAAUUAUAAAUACCAAAGGUACUAGUCAUUGUGCUGUAAUAUUUCUGCACUUGUGGUUUUGUAUAUAAUUGUAUAUUCUUCCUCCUCACCUUUUUAUGUAUUUCAUUUUUCACCUGUCAUUGUUUCCUUUCUCAUUUCAAUCCAUUCUAUGGGAACUUAUCUUAUAAAGUUCCUGAAAAUGAAUUUUUUGUCCAUAUUUAUGCAAAAUAUAAAUAAUUAUAUAAGAAAUGUAUUUAUUAUUUAUGACUAAAUAUGAUAUAUAUCGUGUAUAUUUAAAUUGUAUUUAUGAUUUUUUAUUUUUAAAAAUUGCUACAUUUUUAAAGAUUUUAUUGUUUUUAUAUAUUAAUAUUAAGUGUGAUAUAACAAUAUUGAAAAUUUGCGAUUUUGAUAACAAGUCUCCAGCGAUGCCAACUACCAAGUAUUUUCCAUUAUUUCCAAAAAAUUUGAAUUCUGUCAAAUUAUGAAGAAGAAAAAAUCUUGCCCCAAAUCAGCGCUUUUAUUUCUUUAUUACUAUUUUAUUGACUGCUUUAUUUAUUUUGUUAUUUUCUAGGCCAUCCCAGGAUAUUUUUUCCCUUAUUAUCAUUUCUCUAUAUGUUAUUUUUUGCCGGCUAUUUUAUUGAAUAGGAAUUAUUUUUUGAAACCUACUUCAACUUCUAUAAAAAUAAAUCUUUAUAUAAUAGUUGAAAGUGGAAGCAAUAUGUCUGUAUGUGACUUGACUUAAUUCUCUUUAGUAGCGCAUGAAGCCAAAAGUUUGCUGUACUAACCCUGCAGCACCAAGGUCGCUUCCCUUGCUUGUCCCCAACUGGGCCAUCCCAGGAUUUUUUUUAUGCUUAGUUGUCAUUUUUCUGUGGGCUGUUAUCAGCCGGCUUCUUUUUCAUAUUCUAGUUAAAGGUUUUGAAGGCUUGCUUUAGUUGUAAUUUCUGUAAAUUACAACUUUAAAAAAAAAAAAAUGUUUUUUUUUUUUUUUUUUCAAAAUUAUACCUUUUCUUAAGAAAAAUUUCAAUGCAAGUUGGCAUCUCUGGAUCUUGAAAAAGAAUUUCAUAUUUUUAAAAGAUCUUACCACUGUUCAUUAUAAAUUGGUGUCUGUCAGAUGAUAAUUUAUCUGAUCUUCAUAAAAUAGCUUUAUUUUUAAAUAUAGUAUAUCGAUAAUUAACAAUAAUUAAAAGCAAUUUUUAACAUUCAAUAAUUGUGUGAUCAUAAUUUAAACUUAAAUGUUAAGAGAAAAGAAUAAAUAGAAAUUAAAAUAAAAAAUAAAUGCUUUUGUCUCAAAUAAAUGAAUCUAAAUUUGUUGAACAUUUUUAGCAUAAAAAUGGGGUUUUAUUAAGUUUAAAGUAAGGAACAAUACUUGGUUAUAAUGUGAUAAAAAAAAACGUAAGCAAAUUUAUGCAUAAUAACAUAUGAAGAAUUACAAGAAAAUAUAGUUAUGAAUUUUUAGCAACAUAUGCUUAUUCACUUGCAAUUAGAUAAUUUUUGUCUUUACUAUUUGUUAUUAAUUUUUUUCUUAUAAUAAUUCAAAGUAACUUAAAACAUAAUUACUAUGCUCUAAUAUACUGAUUUAAUGCUGGAGAUCUAUGAAACUGAAAAAAAAAAAUAUAUGUAAUUUUUUUAACCUUAAACUAUUCUAAUAGUUUUCAAUUUAAAAAAAAAAAAACAUUUCAGGCUAUGAAAGACAUCAGUUGCUUGGUAACUUCACUUCUUUCAUUAAAUAAUAGAUACAACAUAACCAUAUGAUAUCUUUAUGAGGCUAAAUGUAAAAGAAUGUAAAAAAAAUCUUUAUUUUUCAAGAUAGCUUAGGUAGAUAGCCUCAAAAAUUAUUUUCCUACCCAUGGGUCCUAUUUAUAUCAUCAUGGGUGUUGUGUUGGUAAUUUAUUGUAUUAACUGUUUGUUUUAACUCUAAGUAUGAUGCAAUAAGAUUCAUUUAAUAUAGGGCCUCAUAUGUUCGAACCUUUAAAAACCUGCUACCCUAUCCAAUAAUUAAAUGUUAUUUUGAAUUUGAGUGAUACAGAUAUAGCAAGCAAGAAAAAAAACUUAGGUUUACUUGUUUAAUCCUAGGUUACUAAUUCUAGUUCGUUAAAGCCUGAAGAAUCUCCAGUACUUUCAUUUUUAACAGGCUACUACUGGGUCUAACCAAUACUAGUCAGUUUAAGUGUGAAGCCCAUAAUACAUACAUCUUAACAAUGGCCAUUAACCUUUAAAAAGCUCAACUUUGUAGUGAAUCCUAAUAUCGUGUGAGACUCGAAAGCACUAGGUUACAUAUGUAUUACCUAAUGAUGUAUUACUUUCUGGAUGUAUGUAACGUAACUUUAGGUUAGACAUGGCUUAGCUUGCUAAUGAUUUAAUGGAUUGAAAGUUCCCAUCUAGGUUUAUAUUUCUUCAUUGCUGUAUCUGUAGCACUUAUUAUAACUGAUAUAGAGAAUUUUUAUAAAAUGUUUUUUGAGUUAGUGCAUUAAUGUAAAUGCUGGAUAUAGGUAUAUAGAAUACUUAUCAAAAUUUAUAUUUAUGAAGGAAAAAAAACUCAUAAUAUCUGACCCAUGUUCUUUAUUUCUCCUAGCUAAUUUAUUUCUUAACACCUAUUGAUUAAUAAUAUAAUUUUCAGCUUAAAAAAAGUUUGUGUGAAGAUGUUUAGUUUUUAAUACAAAAAUGUGUGAACUUUUAUAAUAUCAAAAAUAUAUUUUUCCCCGAUGUCAGCUUUCUUGCAAGUAAGAUGUAUGAAAGGAAAGAAUUGUACUAGAUGUAUAUAGUUUGCCACUGUUAAAUAAUACACACAAACAAUAAACUAUGCCAUUGAAAUAAAAUUGUAAAAAGAACGUU